AUGCUGCAUCAGUACGUUCGCCAACGUGGUCAGAAGCUGGUCCACAGGCGGCCACUGGAGCCAAUAGCGGAGUCUGAGAGUCCUGCAGCUCAUCUAAACACACUGGACCUGGUGGGCUUCGGUGUGGCCAGCACCUUGGGAGCAAGUGUGUACAUCGUGGCUGGUGCUGUGGCCAAAUACAUAGCUGGACCAGCGACCAUCAUCUCCCUCUUGGUGGCUGCCCUGUCUUGUGUGAUGUGUGGGCUCUGCUAUGCAGAGUUAUGGGCCAGGGUACCAUGUUCUGGUUCUGUGUAUCUCUACAGCUAUGCCACCAUGGGACAACUGUGGGCCUUCAUCAUUGGCUAGAACCUCAUCCUGUAUUUAGUCAUUGGCACUGCCAGUUUGUCCAAAGUGUGGAGCAUCACCUUUGACAGCCUGAUUGGAAAUCACAUCUCUCAGGCGUUAGAGGAGACUUUCUCUCCAUAUAUGCCCUCUUUCCUGGCCACGUUCCCAGACUUUGUUGCUCUGGCCCUGUUGCUGGUGAUGAUCGGAGUAAUGCUUCUGGGACCUCACGCAUCACCGCUGAUCAUCAUAGUGUUCACAGGCAUCAACAUUUUUGUUCCAAUCUUCACGAUCAUCUCUGGCUUCAUUAAGGGAGACCUGCACAACUGGCAGCUCACAGAACAGGACUACAGACUGAACACAUCCGGAUCCAGUGACAUCUAUAGCUUGGGCCCUCUCGGUUCUGGAGGGUUUGUGCCCUUUGGCUUUGAUGGGAUUCUCCGAGGAGCAGCCCUAUGCUUCUACUCAUUUGUUGGUUUUGAUGGCAUCGUCAUGAAAGGGAGAGAAGCCCGAAAUCCUCAGCGUUCCAUCACUUUGAGCAUGGUGAUCUCCAUCUUCAUUGGCUUUUUGGCGUACUCUGGUGUCUCAGCAUCAGUCACCCUCAUGGUGCCCUACUACCAGAUUCAUCCUUUCAGCCCCUUACCACAGGCUUUUCUCCACGUCGGGUGGGACCCUGCUGGAUACGUCAUGGCUGUUGUCUUCUUGUGUGCUCUUUUAUACAGCCUCCUGGGCACCAUAUUUUACAUGUCUCAGUUGAUCUGUGCAAUGGCCAAGGACGGGCUCCUUUUCCGGGGCCUUGCCCAGAUCCAUGCCCGCACCGGCACCCCUGUCAUGGCCAUUAUGUCUUCUGUAAACCUCGCAGCCAUCAUGGUGUUACUCUUGGACCUCCGUCAUAUUGUGGAACUCAUGUUAACUGGGAUCAUGCUUGCUUAUACCCUCGCGACUUUUUCUGUGCUUAUCCUCAGGUACCAACCAGACCCGAAGGAGAAAACAGGGGAGGAAACUGAGAUGGAGCCUAAAGCUGAAGAAAGUCUUUUGGACUCUGUACCUGAAGCAGGAACCUCAAAUGUUCUAAAGAGUCUGUGGUUCCCUACCAGCACCAUCUCCACCCAGAAAUCUGGCCAGAUUAUCUAUGGAUGUGCCUUCCUGCUUGUUCUCCUGCUGAUAAUCCUGAGUGUGAUCCUGGCCCAGUGGCCCAGCCAAGUGUUCUCUGGAGACCCCGUGCUCACAACAGUGGCUGUGCUGAUGUUGCUGCUCAUCACUGGGGUCACAGUCAUCAUCUGGAGACAGCCCCAGAACCCGUCUUCUCUUCACUUCAAGGCCCCUGCUCUGCCUGUCCUCCCACUGGUGGGCACCUUCAUGAACGUUUACUUGAUGAUGCUGAUCACCUCUGGGGCCUGGGCCCUAUUUGGAGUCUGGAAUGCCAUUGGAUCUAUCAUAUACUUUGGAUAUGGGAUCCGACACAGCCUGGCAGGGAACAAUUAUCAACAGCCACCAGCCUCCACCUCCCAGACUUAA